AACGAAGCCCCCGGCAUGUGCCACCCCCGUUCCCUGAGCCCGGGCCAGCGCCGGACGUGGCGGCGGGCCCGGUGCUGGCAGGGUCCGGGAGCACAGAUGGUUAACGCCGGCCGCCCCGGGCUCACAUCUGGCAGUGGGAGGGCUGCUCCUCGUCCCGCUCCUCCGCUGCCUCCUCCACUUUCCAGAAAGUCUAUUUCCGCCCGGGCCGAGGGAGGAGGAAAGGCUGAGGGAACGGGAGCCCCGCAGGACGGAGCGAUCUGCCGCGGGCAGGCUCUGCCCCACGCCCAGGGUCUGGCCCGGUGCCCCGGGGAUGCUCUAGGGUCCAACCGGCAGCGCCCCGAGGGAGCGGCCCCGCCCCAGAGCUAUCCCUGGCAUCUCAUGGGACACUGCCACAGCAUGGAGUGGCUUUGGAUGCACAGUGUCCUGUUGCUCUCCUGCCUGCUGUCACCCUCCCCUGCGGGGACCCAGACCAGCUCCAGCCCGCGUUGGCAGACGGACUCUGAGGAGGCACCAUCCCAGCACCAUGCUGCCAGGGCCCCAUGGGAGCAGAAGUCUGGUGGUGCCCAGGAGGGGCUUCCCCCCCAGCCCCGCUGCGUCCGCUGCUGUGAGCCUGACCAGCGCUUCUACCCCCAGUACCAGCCCCUGCCUCAGAUCAACAUGACCAUCCUGAAAGGUGAGAAGGGGGACCGUGGCGAACGAGGCAUGCAGGGCAAGUUUGGCAAGACGGGGAUGGCUGGCAGCCGGGGUCACACAGGUCCCAAGGGACAGAAAGGCAGCGUGGGUGCCCCAGGGGAGCGCUGCAAGAGCCACUAUGCUGCCUUCUCGGUGGGCCGCAAGAAACCCCUGCACAGCAAUGACUAUUACCAGACCCUCAUCUUCGACACGGAGUUUGUCAACCUCUAUGACCACUUCAACAUGUUCACGGGCAAGUUUUACUGCUAUGUCCCCGGGAUCUACUACUUCAGCCUCAAUGUGCAUACCUGGAACCAGAAGGAGACAUACCUGCACAUCAUGCACAAUGGGGCGGAGGUGGUGAUUCUCUACGCCCAGGUGAGUGACCGCAGCAUCAUGCAGAGCCAGAGCGUCAUGCUGGAGCUGCAGGAGCAGGAUGAGGUCUGGGUGCGGCUCUACAAGGGUGAACGUGAGAAUGCUGUCUUCAGCGACGAGUACGACACUUACAUCACCUUCAGCGGCCACCUCAUCAAGUACAGCGGGGACCCCUAAGCACCUGCUCCUCCUCCCCUGGUGCGGGUGUGCGAGGAGCCCCUGCCACGCCCUCAUCCCAGGAAUGCCACCUAUAAUUAAGCUGUUAGGCCUUCUACAUGCCACUACCCCCAGCAGCUGUCCCGGUGUGUGAAUAAUACCCCAUCCCCAGCUCCUCCAGGCCAAUCAGAUGCACCUGGAGAAGUCAAAGCCAUUUCCAACCCCUGCUGCAUUUGUGACCCAGGCAAUGAGCAGCUCAUCCCCAGUGGUGCCUGCCUCUGAGCUGGUCUUGCUGGUGUGCAGGCAUGUUUGUUGGCAAGCGUGAGGCAGCACAAACACCUGCAGCAUGUUCCUCCCUCACCCCCCUCACACUCUGAUAUGCUCCCCAGGCUUCUUCUCCUGGAAAGGGACAGAGGGUUCCCAGCAGCCAGCAGGAAAUGCAAUAAAACCACUAAGGGCCCCUCUUCCCUCUCACAGAGCUGGGUGCCACCAGUGUGGAAGCUGCAGCACAGUGCUGGGUACCCUGGGAUGAUGCCUUCCCUGGGAGCAUGGUGCAUCAGUUCCCCUCAGCAAGUCCCCAUCAUGGUCCCCCCCACCGCAGCUUCUGCUUGUGCCAAUGCUGCUGAGGAGGGGCUGGCCCCCCACCAGCAGCCUUGGGUGCGGGGCCUUUGGCCUCAGCUUCUUCCUCUCAGGUUACAUUAUCUGCUGGCCAGGCUUUUAUUUUUGUAGAUGCAGUAGGAGAGGGGGGGCCUGGGGGCAGCAUGCUGUGCCCCCUGCUCUUUGUACAGCUUUUGGCCACAUUAAAUACCCCACAACUUCGA